AUGUCUUCGUCCCUUGGGGCGUUGCUCCGAAGUUGUUCUGCCUUCGGGGUGGCGUGUUAUGAACAACUUCAUGCCUCGGAAGGCAUUUUGUGGUUGGGUUGUUCUGCCUUCGGGGUGGCGUGUUAUGAACAACCCUUCCUCGGAAGGUAUUUUAUGGAUUCGCUCUGCCUUUGGGGUGGCGUUUUAGGAGCGAUCUCCUGCCUCGGGCCGACAUUCUCGCUUCCGCUUCAUCCACCACCGCUCGCGCGGAUGCUUCCCCCUAAGGCGGAAGGGGAGCAUCCGAAAUACGCCGGGGUUGUAAAUGACAUAGCGCUUUCCUAA